GACAUGCGCAGUUGAGAUCCUAAACGUGGUUCCGUUUUGAACUCGUUGGGUGAUGCACGUGCGGUGCUGUGUUUGCGGUUACGUACUUUUCUUGUUGUGACAGACUCAGACCGACCGCAUGAUGAUGUUCGCCCAGGAGGAAGAGUGGGGCGACGGAGCAGAGGAAGAGGCGCUCAGCCGGGCGGUUGGACACAGUGGGCCGCGCUCGGGGACUGCGCCCAAGGUGUGUGGUACGAAAAGAAGCCUGCUGCGGACUCUCCGGACCCUGGGCUCAGUUCCCAGCUGGACGCAGAACACCCCUGUGGAGGACAGUGAUGUCGGCGAGCCCCAGGCAGCUCCGAAACACCGGAAGAAGAAAGGGAGGAAGCGGAAGAAAGCUGCUGCAACAGAUGGAGAAGCUGGAGGGGAGAGACCCCAGGAUGUUGCGUGGGAGGACACCGGGAGUGCUGUGUCCAAAAAGGCAAAGAAAAAUGAGGAAAAAGCUUCAGGAGGAACCAUUCAAGUGAAGAUGCAAAAGCCUGUGGGGGAUAGUGAGAAGAAAGAUUCGCAGGAUGAAAUAAAUUGUAAAGAGGGGGAGGGAGACAGAAAGUUGAGCCGACAGCAGUGGAAGAACAAGAUGAAGAACAAGCGGCGUUGUAAGAACAAGUACCGUCAGAAUGGUAAGCAAGAACCCAGUACGCCCAAAGGAGAUGCCAGUCCUCAGGAAACAGGCAGUGUGAAACCUAGUGAAGAAGCUGACCAGGUACAGAAUCAGAAAAACAAAACAAAACAACCAAAGCAGGACAGCAACACAAAUCACAAGAAAGUCUCUAGAAAGGAAAAGGAGGCCAUGAAUGCUGAGCCAGGUAGCGAUACGUCACCCCAGAAGAACUUAAGUCAACAUAACAUACACAAAAUUAAAAAAAAGGUAACAAAUGAAUCUAAGUGUAAAGUGCUGAGGCCAGAAGAGAACACCCUGAAUGAGAAAGGAAGAAAGAUGGAUGCUGACUUUACAGAAAGCAAAAGACAAGAGGGGAAGAAGCAGAGGAGAGCAAAAGUAGAAAAACUGCGAAGGAUGCUACAAAGCAAGGCAGCACCCACAGAUGAGGAGAGGGAUGAUGGUGAUGAUCAUGGUGGGAAGGAAGGAGGAGUCGAGGAGGCUGCAGCCACUGACCGCUCAGCCGCCCUAAAGGCUCGAAUGGAACAGCGUCUGGAGGCAGCCCGCUUCCGGUACAUCAACGAGCAGUUGUACACUUCAUCCAGCAAGGAUGCUAUGUGUCUAUUCAAGCAGGACCCCCAGGCCUUUGGUAUAUACCACCGAGGCUUUGCCAAACAGGUGCAGCACUGGCCAGUCAACCCUGUGGAUACCAUCAUCGCCUACAUCAAACGCAAGCCAGCCUCACUGGUGGUGGUGGACUUUGGCUGCGGAGACUGCAAGAUUGCACGCAGUGUCAAGAAUAAAGUGCACAGCUUUGACUUGGCACCCAUCUGUGACUUGGUCACCAUCUGUGAUAUGGCUAAGGUCCCCCUGCCUAGUGCUAGCGUGGACAUUGCUGUGUUCUGCCUCUCCCUCAUGGGGACCAAUCUUGUGGACUUCCUGGCAGAGGCCAACCGUGUACUGGUGAUGGGAGGUGUAUUGAAAAUAGCUGAGGUGGCUAGCAGGUUUGAAAAUGUGCGCACUUUCUUGAGUGCACUGGCUAAUCUUGGAUUCAAGUCUGUAUCAAAGGAUACAGAAAACAACUACUUCUACAGCUUUGAGUUUGUGAAGACUGAGAAUGCACCAGAGAAGGUUCGAAAAGCCGGACUGGAGCUCAAGCCAUGUGCCUAUAAAAAACGAUAAGGGGCGCAAAGAAACCAGAAGAGGGGUCCUAUGCCCUAAAAAGCCAAACAGAGCUGGUACAAAACUCACUAUGUCCAAGCUCUCUCAAGCAGAACUUGCCUCCUGGACUAGGGAAAAUAGAGCAGGUCCAGAGUGUUAGCAGCUGGGGUCUGCUGGAGGGGAGAACCACACCACCAGCACUGUGACUUGAUGUGUGGUUUUGUGUUCAACAGAUGUGCAUUUUGGGCUGUCAUCAAAAGCUCAGGCUGAACUCCUUUGCUUCAAGCCCUGGUACUCUUCCACAAAUGUCUGUACACCAUCGGUUUCAAGUGUCUUCAAAGCAGAACAUGAUUUUUUUUACUUUUAUAUUAAAUUUG